UGUGGCCGCGCUAUGUCGCACGGACCCGGGCUCGUCCGCACCACGUGCAGUAGCAGCAGCAACGCGUUCGGACCGGGGCCCGACGCGGGGCAAUCCAGCGCGAGCCCCUCGGAGGAGCUGCUGGACACCAACUAUCCCCGCACUCUCGCGGCCCUGUUGAAAGUGGCGCAAAUGGUCACUCUGCUGAUUGCCUUCAUCUGCGUGAGAAGCUCUGUGUGGAAGGACUACAGUGCCUACAGCUACUUUGAAGUGGUCACCAUUUGCGACUUGAUAAUGAUCCUCAUCUUUUACCUGGUCCACCUCUUCCGUCUCUACCGCAUGCUCACCUGUAUCAGCUGGCCCCUAUCGGAACUCCUGCAUUAUUUAAUCGGUACCCUGCUCCUCCUAAUUGCCUCCAUCGUGGCAGCCUCCAAGAGCUACAACCUCAGCGGACUGGUGGCUGGAGCGAUAUUCGGUUUCAUGGCCACCUUCCUUUGCAUGCUGAGUAUAUGGCUGUCCUACAAGAUCUCAUGUGUCACCCAGUCAACAGAUGUAACUGUCUGAUGACAGCACAGCUCCAGGCACCUCAGGAGACUCUGC